AUGUCUUUCGCUGCGUUCCGUGCUCCACUUCGCAGACAGGCUUUAUCUGCCUCCUUCAGGAGGGCGGAGUUGCGCACGUCUUCCUUCCGCAAGUAUUCAACGGAGGCGCCUCCAGCAGCCAAAUCCAACACUGGUCUCUAUGUUGGCCUGGGUGCCGCCAUCCUGGGCGGUGGUGUUGCAUACUACUUGUACAGCUCGUCUUCGGAGACCGCUAAGGCGACUUCGACCGCGCUGAAGUCUGUGGCUCAGUCAGCAAAGGUUGCCACAAAUUUUGUCCCAACCAAGGGAGACUACCAGAAAGUUCACGGCUCUUUUGGCCCUGUGCUUGUCCGCCUGGCAUGGCAUGCCUCUGGCACAUACGACAAGACUACCGGCACUGGUGGAAGCAACUACGCGACUAUGCGUUUCCAACCCGAAUCUCUCCAUGGAGCUAACGCGGGUCUUCAUGUUGCCCGCGAGGUGAUGGAGAAGGUCAAGCAAGAGUUUAGUUGGAUCACCUACGGUGACUUGUGGACCCUUGCUGGUGUCGCUGCUGUACAAGAGAUGGCUGGCCCGAAGGUUCCUUGGAGGCCUGGUCGCGUUGAUGGUUUUGAAUCACAUUCACCUCCUGACGGCCGUCUUCCUGAUGCCUCACAAGGGGCUCCGCAUAUUCGCGAUAUUUUCUACCGCAUGGGCUUCGACGACCAAGAGAUUGUUGCUCUCUGCGGUGCCCAUGCUCUCGGCCGUUGCCACACUGACCGCUCUGGUUUCGAUGGACCUUGGACUUUCUCUCCUACCACUUUCACCAAUGACUACUACAAGCUCUUGUUUGACGAGAAGUGGGUGUGGAAGAAGUGGAGUGGGCCUAAGCAGCUCGAGGACAAGAAGACCAAGUCGCUCAUGAUGCUCCCAACCGACUACGUUCUUACCCAGGACAAGAGCUUCAAGAAGUACGCGAAGUCCUACGCUGACGAUGUUGACCUGUUCUUCAAGGAUUUCUCUGCGGCUUACUCCAAGCUCCUCGAGCUAGGUGUCCCAACCCAGCAGUUUGUUGCCUCGGAGGCCUGGAUUAUGCAGACUGUUGACGAUCAAAAGUCCUGA